GACGAAGCAGAAAUCCAAGAAAAAAAAAUCCCAGAAAUAAAGAAAGAAGGUAGGAAAAUGCAUUCGUUCGGGUACAGAGCCAAUGCUCUGCUGACCUUCGCAGUUACAAUUUUGGCACUGAUGUGCGCCAUGGCCUCCAUCUCCGAUAAUCUCAACCACCCCACUCCCACUACGCAAGUCCAGGUGCUGAAUAUUAAUUGGUUGCAGAAGCAACUGAACGGGAACGACGAGGUCAGCAUGACUAUGAAUAUAUCAGCAGACUUGCAGUCAUUGUUUACAUGGAAUACAAAGCAGGUUUUUGUUUUUCUAGCCGCUGAGUAUGGAACCCCAAAGAACUCACUGAAUCAGAUCUCUCUUUGGGAUGGUAUCUUACCAACCAAAGAACAUGCCAAGUUUUGGAUUCAUACUUCAAACAAGUACCGCUUCAUUGAUCAGGGAACCAAUCUCCGGGGUAAAGAAUUCAACUUGACAUUGCACUGGCACGUCAUGCCCAAGACGGGCAAAAUGUUCGCUGACAAGGUCGUAAUGCCGGGAUAUCGCUUGCCACAAGAGUACAGAUGAUGAGGAGGUGCUUUGUCUUGUGUAUCUUUUUCUCUGUAGGUUUAGCCUCUAUUCCUAAAGGGAUACAAAUUAGAGACAUAUAAACAGGGAAGGUUUUUUACUUGUUAUGAGAAAAAGAAAUAUAUGAGGUUUGAUCUUAUUUUGGUUUCUCUUAACUUUGGUUGCUAAUUUAUUGCCUUGAACUGGAAGGUAUUUGCAGGCUUGUGAA